AUGAAUAACCAGAUGAACAAUCGUCUUGCUGUGAAUGAUGAAGGCGCUCAGCGCAUGAUUGACAAUAAUUCAGCUAUGCACUAUAGUAACCAAAUGAUCAUUGCCAAAAAUAUGACUCAUCGUUCUGUGAACACUAUUAAGACAUAUUCAGCCAAAGAAGAGUGGAAGCUUAGCUAUUUCCUUGCAGAAUAUGUCAUGAAGCAAGGUCGAAAGCUUAGAAAAAAUCCAGAUGGUGCCUCUAUUGCUCUAGGCAGAGAGUCAGCCCUCGCCUAUGUCAAAUAUAUCGCAGAUAUGGCUUUUCUGGAUACUCUCGAAAAAGAAAAGGUCAAGAGUAGCAAGCAAAACUUUGAAGAUCGAGGAAAAAAUACAUUAAACGAUGACUACACCAAACAAGAUAUGGAAGAAUUUGCUGAUCUGUUCUCGCUUGUACUAGAAGAUCAAGGGAUAUCAGAAUGCAUUGCUUUGGUUGCAACUAUCACUUUUGGAAAAACCAGCCAACGUGGUAGGAUUGAAUAUGGCUCGUCUGUUCGACAUCAUGAUGUUGAAAUCACACAUGCUAAUCGUAAGAGUGCACUGAACAUGAUUGCUCAAGAGAAUAUCUCAAGUGACCAGCAAAAGAUGGUCAGUAGAUGGGGCACAAAUCGUAUGGUAGAUUGCUACAUUUUGAGCUUACCGGUAGAAGCAGUGAAGAGUUUGCCUGUAUUUCCUCCUCAUCAAGGAAACCGUUUUUGUCCUGUGCUGUUGUCGUUCCUCCCAAAGAUUUGCAAGUAUUGGUAUUCCUCGUCCUGUUCGUCAGUAAAAGCAGGUCAAAACACUCAUGCUAGAGAUACACUGAGUGCUGUUGCUAUUGGCUUGUCUGGGAUGGCGAUUAUACUGCUUGGAACAACAUUCCCUCAAUUCAACAGAAAUAUCAGUCCAUCGCAGACUGAUUAA